AUGAAUAAGGAUAUCAACCCCAUAUAAAUCACAAAACAUCAAUAUUCCCCGUCGGUUCAGAAAUAGGGUUUGCAAUCUCUGAAAUGGGUGGUUCCGAUUUGCAUAAUAUGUUCAUUGUGUAGCAUAGUAAUUGCAUACAUGUGGUACAGUUCUAAUGGAUUGACUGAAUAUUUGCUUUUGGGACUCAAUAAUGUAGCCAUAUUGAUUGUAUGCAUCUUCUCCUUUUAUUGGAGUUUAACAUUUCAAAUAGUGAGAGAUGUUAUUAAUCAGCAGGAGGGAUUCCCACUAUCAAGCAUACCUUAUUUUCAUUCUCUAUUCACAUAAAUACUCUGCGCAAUCUAAGCUGGCUUAGUAUUAGGCUUGAUUGAAUAUAACUCCUACAACCAAUUCAUAUUGAUACUCCCCUUGACUAUAAUAGAAAUAUUUCUACUGCUUUAUCUAGCUAAUGUGAGUAGAUAAUUCAAUAUUAGAGAGUACGGAGUUCAAAGAUUGAUCAUCUAUGCUACAUCUGCUAUUAAUCUAAUAUUUUUGGCAUUUGCAGCAUAUUACCUCAAAAAAGUUAUCUCUUAAAUUAAUUAUUAAAUGUAUUAGGUUUCAAGUACUAACAUUGAAAUUUCAUUCAUCAAAAUAAUUCUAUUGGUUUUCUUUAUAUUGACUAUCCUUGUUGCAACAUUUAAUGUCAAGAAAAUUAAAGUGUUUUUUGUUACCAUAAGCUACAUUAUUGUUGGUCUAUGCAUCAUGGCAGCAUGUGUAAAUGGUUUGUUAGUCAGAAGAAUCCAAUCCCUAAAUUUAGAAUUAUCUUCACCCAAUGGAUGUAGAUUUGCAAUGUAGACAAUAUCUGAGACAAGUUUAAAAGAUGAAUUAUAAUGCUCAUAAAAAUACUUAAAUUUGGAUCUAUCACCAUAUUUGCCUUGUGAUUAAGAUCAACAAACUUACGAAUGGGAAUCGAAUUCCAAUAUUAAACUGGGAUGCGUUAAUUUAUAAUGUUGCAAAGCCGUUUAAAAUUAUCUAUUCAGUCCAAUUAAUAGUCUUACCAUUUGGAUUAAUUUAAUCAUCAUGAUUGGAUUAGUCUAGUCCUUUAAUGCGGCAAUACUAUCAGAGAGCACAUUCAAAAAAUACAAAAUGCACAUUGUUGGAGAUGGAGUAGUCUUUAUUAUUCUACUAAUCCUGGCUAUUCUUACUGUGUGCACUUACAAUUUCACUCCUGAUCUCCAAAUAGGAAUUUAACAUGCUCUUGUUAAAGAAUAAUCUGUAUUAAAUUAAAUUACUAUUUUGCCUACUCCUGUAUAUAAGAACUUUGAUAAAUAAGAGAAGCUUAUUGGAUUCCAUAAUUUAUAAAGUUGUCAGCAAAUUACUGCGGUGAUGUUACAAAAAAUAACUUUUUCAUCCGAUAAUAAUUAGAAGGGAAUUAUUUUAGCAAUUUAAGGCACAAAUGGGUAAUUUACUAUUCUUAACGAAGUAAACUAAUAGGAUUUGUCAAUUAUUGUUGAUAAUGAUAUAACAAAAGAAUUUUUCUAACCCUAAACAUUACCAUUUGAUAGGAUAUUGAUAAAAGGGAAAAUAGAGGAGGCAGAGAAUUUUAUCAAUAAUAAUUUAUAUUUCUGUUCAGACAAUCCUUUGUCUGCAGAUUUUGAAAUCUUAAAAGAGUUUUAUGAAAUUCAAAAAAAAAGAAUUUUAGAAGGAGUAUCAAAAGAUGCACAAAAAUAUGCUGAUUAGGCAUUCAAAUUUUACAAUAUUAAAAUCGUCAUCGAAGAUGCAACCAAUUUUUAACCAAUUUAAAAUAGUUAAAUUGAAAUAUAUGAUGGAAAAUUCUUGUCGUAAUCUUGCUAAAUUAUAAAAUAAUUGGAAAGUAACCUAUAUGAAUUAACAACUGAUGAGAAUGGGAGUGUUACUUUAAACAACCUCAGUUAAGGUAAUUCUUAUACAAUAAUGAUAUACAAGCCAAAUUACAAAAGGACAUGCUCAGUUUUGGAUUUAUAGAGAAGAAUACCAAAAACUAAUUAUAUAUUUCGAUUGACUAGUAGUAUUCAAAAACAUUCUGUAAGAGUUAUCUUAGAAUGGUCAUCAAAAUCAUUAAAUCUUGAUUUGUAUGGUAUUUUCAAAGUGAAUGAACACAGUUGUUUAACAGGACCUUUGUCGAAAAGUUGUGGUGGAAUGGAACACAUCUCAAUUUCAAAGGAAGAUCAACACAUUGAGAUAUUGGAUAUCACCCAAUUGGAACCUUAUAGAUACACCUUAUUUGUGAAAAGAUUUUUAACUCGAUAGGAGUCAUUAGAUCUGUUAUCAAAGUCGGGGAUUAAUCAAGAUUGGAUAGAUUCCGAUCCUCAUAUAACUGUAUAUUUAAAUGAAUUGAAAUACCCUUUGGUAGAAUUUCGAUUACCAUAAAUAACUAAUUAAUAAAUGGAUAGAGUGGAUAUGACUUGGAUGGUGUUUUAAAUUGAUGGUAUUCAAUCCGAUGCUCCGAAUUCCAUACAGAAGAUGACUUCAGAAAUUUCAAAUGAUGAAAUCAAAACGAAUACUUCAUUUAAAAAAUCAUAUUGGCCAAAUAUCUGA